AUGAAGUUCUCACCAAGCGACCUAGCCAUCUGCGAAACAUGCGGAACACAAUACGACGUUCCGCUGUCGCAGCACCCUGAAACAUGCCGCAUGUGCGAUGACCCCCGUCAAUACGUCCCAGCCUCCGGCCAAUCCUGGACCAAUCUCGCCAGCAACCAAGAGACCCAGAAGAAUGUAUUCGAAACCGACACCAAGGAUGCCCGGAUCCACUACAUUAGCACUAAACCUCUAACCCCUUCGGAACUCCCCGCAGGCCUCGCGGACUCUAGUACUACUCGCAAGCAACUAGGCAUCGGACAACGCGCCAUCUUGCUCCAGACAAGCCAGGGUAACGUGCUCUGGGACUGUAUUGCACUACUGAACCAGGAGACGAUCGACUUUAUCAAUUCAAAAGGCGGGCUCAAAGCGAUUGUAAUUAGCCACCCGCACUUCUACACGACGCACCUCGAAUGGGCAGAUGCAUUUGGGUGUCCAGUGUACAUAUGCCGCGAUGACACUGAAUGGCUUAACCGCGAGGACAAGCGCGGUGUUCGGAAGCUGGUGAGCGGUGUCACGCCGAUUGAAGAGGUGGGCGGAGAGGUUAAGAUGGUACAGUGCGGUGGUCAUUUCGAUGGGAGUUCGGUUGCGCAUUGGGAAGGGAAGUUGUUCAUUGCUGAUACGUUUAUGAGUGUGCCUUCUGGCUUCAGCAAUGCACGCCGUAUCCCGGACACAACCUCCUACUCUUUCAUGUGGGCGUAUCCAAAUAUGAUCCCUCUACCUCCACCUGCUGUCCUGGCCAUCUGGAAGGCGCUCAAGCCGUUUGAGUUUGAUAGCACGUAUGGGGGUUUUGCAGGGCAGAAUCUGAGUAACCCGGAUUUGAAGGCGCAGGUGUUGCAGAGUAUGAAGAUUUUCCUGAGGAGGGGUGGACAUGAGGGGGCGGAGAUUUUUAAGGAGAGUUUGUAG